AUGUCCUCAGACCAGCAAGUAUGGCACACAGCUGUUCCACCCCCCAACAGGUCCCCUAGCUCCUCCAGCAACCCCAGGUCCCCCAGCUCCGCCAGCAACCCCAGGUCCCCUGGCACCCCAGGCUCUGAGAAGGUAGCCUCGCCACUGGAGUGCUCCAUCUGCUUCUCUGGCUAUGACAACAUCUUCAAGACACCCAAGGAGCUCUCCUGCACACACGUCUUCUGCCUGGAGUGCCUGGCAAGGUUGGCGGCUGCCCAGCCGGUGAGCCGCACUGGCGACGAGGCUGUGCCCUGCCCAUUCUGCCGGCAACCUACAGCCGUGCCCCCUGAUGGGGCCCCUGCACUACGCACCAGCCACCAGCUGCUGGCCAAGAUGCCAGCCCACCUGAGGCGGGAGGAACCCGUGUGGCUGGAAGGUACCAAGCUCUGCUGCUGCCCUCCACCUUCCACAACUGGUCAUGCUUCACCUGGUUUCGUGUGCGUGGACGUGGGCCUGAGAAAGCCGCCUGAGCCUGAACCACCCUCAUCUCCCCCAGAGCCUGUGCGCCGCCGGGGCCGUCUGGCCCGCUGUUGGGCAAGCUGCAAGGACUGGAGGCGAGUGGCUCUGGUCUCAACGCUGUUGCUGGUGCUCUUCUGUGUGGUGCUCUGGCCAGUGCAAUGUGCUCUGAAGACUGGGAACCUGCGUUGCUUCCCCCGACCCCCUUUGCCGCCACCACCACUGCCACCAUGCUUCCCUUUGAACCCCCUGGCUGACAACUAG